AUCGAAAUAACCAUUGGAAGAAAUACGCAUGCGCACAGUAAAAAUGACUUAAAGAACAAAACAAAAAAACAAAGUACCUCCACCACACUCACGGCUGACGUUGGUGGCACUUAGCAUCAUUCAGAUGAUCUAUCUGGCAUCAAACAUAACACAAGAGACUCGACUGAAGCUGAGCAAUUCAACAUUGCAGUGAUGAACUCGGAAAAGAAAAAUCUGCCACCGAUUGUGUUUCAGGACCCCGAGAACCCUGCAGCUAAGUCCAACAAGAAGUACGUCAUAGCAGCAGCAACUGUUGUGUUGAUUCUGGUCAUCACACUGGGUGGAGUUCUGUUGACGCUGAAACUCACCAAUGAGUUUGCUAGUGACACUAUCAAGGAGUACAAACUUUCAAGGGAAACCAUUGUGAAAGUCGACAUUGAGAAUGGUAUGGCAGAAGUCGACAAUACCAAAAAAGGCUAUAACGUGUACAAUGACUUUAACAUGGGUUUCUCAGUGUUGAAGCUCGGCUACAAUAAUACUUUCAUCUGCUAUCUUAGCAAGCUCACCAAGGGUGUCCUUUCUCCAGCAGCAAUGCAGAGUUAUUUGGAGUACCAUCCUGAUGGGGAAGAGAUAACAUCACACGACAAGGACGCUGAUUUGCCACAUUUAAUGCAAGCCAAAGAGGAAAUACGUGACCGUGGAUUUCUGGGACAUCAAGAACGAGAUUCGUGCGCAGGGUCCCCCAUACAUUGGCUCGUCCCUGCCACUGAAGAAGUACCAGAUGGUGAUGCUGAUGAUGAUACAAUUGUUAGUGAGGCUAAUGGAAAUGAUGUCACGACUGGAACUCCUCACAAUGCAUCAUUAGUGAGAGAGAAAAGGGACAAAAGCCACAGUAAGCACCACAGCAAACACAAGUCCCACAGCAAACACAAGUCCCACAGCAAAUACCACAGUCACAGUAGUAGUAGUAGUAGCAGCAGUAGCAGUAGCAGCAGCAGCAGUGGAAGCAGUGAUAGCGAUCAUGGAAGCUGCUACAGUCGUAAACAAAGAUAUCUUUGCUACUCGGGUGCGGAUUACUGCUGCGUUGGGUGCUGCAUUCCCGGAUGUGGGCCAUCUCCUUGUUGCUACUCUGCCGGUUGUUGUCGCCGUGGUGAUAGCUCUGAUGAUAGCUCCAGUAGUUCGAGCGACUCCAGUCACUCUAGCCACAGUCACCAUAGCAAACACAGUAAACAUAAACAUCACAGCCAUAAGCAUAGCAGCAAACACAGCAGCAAACAUCAUAGCCACAGCAGCCACAGCAGUCAUAGCAGUCAUAGCAAAUAAAGGACUGAUAAACUACAUUUAGCUCGAUUAUGCUCAUUAUGCACAUUGCUUCGUACUAUUUUAUAUUCCUAACCCAUAACAUGACUCGUGAAAGUGGAAUGAUUUGAAGAAAACUAGCAGCUUUCGGUCCGUAAUUUGGUAUAAUGCCACGUUAUAUGCAUUUCUCAGCCUAUUAGUGGCUUGUGAUAUAACGGUUUUGGUGUGAACCCUAAAUAACUUAUAAUGGUAUUGAUCUUAAUUGAUAAUAAUAAUUUUUGUUAUGAGCAUAAACUUUGCAAAAUUGGAGUCGUAUAGUUCAACUUGGCUCUGUGGAAUUAAUGUGCAUGUUUUUGUUUGUAUUCGCGAAUGUAACUUUCUGUGUCGGCUACCGGA